ACAUACAGAAUGCCUAAUGAUGUGCGUGCUCCGAUAAUUUCUCUCCCUACCUAAAUAAUCCUAACGAGGUUCAUUACUCAAGCAUAUCUGUCCGUCUGUUAGUCCUUCCGUAACAAUAAACAGCCAAUUGAAGAUGAUUCGCCCAAGAUUGUCAACUUCAAAGUGCAUUAAAACUGAGUCUGCUUAGUUCGACCAGGCUUACAUACCACAUGCUAUCAGGGUUAUGAUAGAGCGCGCAUACAGCUGACACCAUGGUGAUGAGAAGCGAAGGUGAGAGCCUUCUCCGACCGGAGCAGAACCCUGUCGUAAUGUCGCAGUCCAGGGGAGCUGGGUGGGAGGCGGAGGGCGAGAAGGCGCCGUUCCUCCGGAACGAGCCAGUCAAGCUGACUCCAGCGUGGGAGGCCACCAACCUGCCCAAUGACACGCUCAACUUGAAAGGUAUUGCCAUGGACUUGGCUCCGCCGAAAGACAGAUGGAACCUGAUCUACCUUACGCUAAUUCUGCACGGUCUUGGGACCCUCACAGCAUGGAACAUGUUCAUCACGGCCAAGGAUUACUUCGUGAAGUACAAGUUGGUGGACCGACCAGACUUGGCCGACAACUACUUGGCGUACGUCGGCUGGGCCAGCCAGCUGCCCAAUGUUGUAUUCAACUGGCUCAAUAUAUUUGUUCAAAUUGGCGGUAACCUGACAACGCGUAUUGUGUGGUCGCUGUGCAUAGAAGUGGGUAUCUUUGUGUUCACGAUAAUAUUGGCCAUGUUGGACACGCAAAGUAUACCCGUUGUGUUCUUCUGGCUCACCAUGAUAUCUGUGCUGCUUCUCAACGCAUUCAACGCGAUCUUCCAAAACUCAGUGUACGGGGUUGCCGCCCGCCUCCCCCCCAAAUACACGGGGGCUGUGGUGUUCGGGUCCAACAUCUGCGGCACCCUGGUGGUGUUCCUGGACUGGGGCUCCCACAUGUUCGGCAACAAGAGAACAGCGGCUAUAUAUUACUUUAUAGCCGGCAUAUUGGUGCUUUUGGUGUGUUUCGACACCUACUUCGCGUUACCUCUCAAUAGGUUCUACCGCUACCACGACACGCUGCAGCAGCGCUCGCUGCGCGCGAACCCCGCGCUGGCGGCCGCGCCGGCGCCGGCGCCGCGCGUGCGCUACGGCGCGAUACUGAGGCAGGCCUGGGUGCAGCUCUACAACAUAUUCGCCGUGUUCUUCGUCACACUUACCAUCUUCCCUUCGGUACAUUCAGAGAUCCAGCCAAUCACAGAAGGCUUCCUGGGGGCCAAUUUCGUGAGGAUCACAUGUUUCCUCACGUUCAAUCUCACUGCCAUGAUUGGGAAUAUCACGGCUAGCUUGUGGCAAUUUCCGUCUCGGCGCUGGCUGUCAGUGUUCGUGACGCUGCGCUUCCUGUUCAUCCCGUUCUUCCUGGUGUGCAAGUACAACGUGUCCGCGCGGCGGCUGCCGGUGCUCGUGACCAGCGACUACGUGUACUGGGCCGGCUCCGCGCUGUUCGGCUGGAGCUCCGGCCACGGCAGCUCCUUGGCCAUGAUGUACGUCAGCGGCGGAGCGGUGUCGCCGGCGCACGCGCCCGUGGCGGGCAUGCUGGGCUCGGCCACGUUGGUGUCGGGCAUCCUGGCCGGGCUGCUGUUCACGUUCGCGUGUCCGCUGCUCACGCAGCUCUCCUUCUAGCGGGCGCUUGCGCGUGCGCACGCCUACUGGGCGCUGCUGCGGCAUUCACCAGUGCUUGUGUUCACCGAAACUCGCUAACAUUUGUCGUUCGGUAGAUUAUCGAUAGUUGAUAGUAGAGAAAAUAGUAUCGAUUUAUAAUGUCGAUAGUUCUGAUUUAGACGAUACCGUCGAUAUUGUUGGUGAUUUAUUUAUUGUUAUCUACAUGUGUCCUAAACAAUGUUAUUUAAUUCCCAAUAUUUUUUAAAUAGAUAAUAUUAUGUGUAUAUUAAUUUGACGUCAUAUUGUGUUGUGUUGUUGUAAGCAAAUAAUAUCGAUUGCUAAGAUUUAAACGAUAUAAUCGAUAGUAUUGAUAAUGACAAUGAAGCUAUAGGUAAUGCUGGAGCCGGCACUGCUACGAACUUUUUUAUGUAAAUUACACAUGGUUCUAUCUCUUUCAUUUAACACUCUACCUCUCUUUCUCGCGUAUUGAAAGAUAUAGCUAUACCUAUACAAGUCUAACAAUUCGUAAGAAAGGGAGAUCGGAUCACGUAUGAAAAAAUAGCAAUAUCUGCGUGUAAAUACCUUGCAUCAGAAAGUUCUUAGCUAUACAGGCUUCAGUAUAUCUUUAACUUCAUAGUAAUAACAUAAUUGUCGAUAGUAUCGAUCACACUAUCGAUAUUCUAGACAAUUUUGAUAGUCGACUAUAUGGUUUAACUAUAACAUCAUGUGCUGUGAUUUAGGCAGUUCCAUCGAUAAUUUUAGUGUCUCAGCGAUCGACAUCUAUCUUAUACUAUGCUAUAUAAUUUCCGAGAUCAACUAUCGAUAACUAAACUGACGAUUCCUCGGCAAUACUGACAAGUGUAAAAUGUGACAGUGAAUUGUGACGUAAGUUUUUAAAUCGCACAAUAUAUCAAUAGUGUAUGAAGCAAUGUCUCUUUGACUAUUUCUUAGACAGGGUUAUGCUCACAGACGUGUAUCGAGAUAGAUGCUAAAUCGUGCUAUCUCUCUCAUCUGAUCGUUUUCUCGGUUUCUUCCCCAGCCAUUGAACGUCGGAGGUAGGAAUAGGGUCCGCUUUCCUACGUUUUUUUCUCCACUUUGUACGGUUUAUGGCAUCCCUAGUUGUCAGACCUUAUCAUUCUUAACGUACGCAUAUCGUUCCUGACGUAUGCCAAAUUGUCUUAUAAUAAUAUAGCUGUAAAAACUAUACCUUUAUCAUUAUUAAAACGCUCUGAUGACGUAGUAGUAGGUAUUGCUUAGCGGAUCCUGGGCUCUGACGUUCAACGUCUGUGGAAGAAACUGGGAAAAUGCUCAGAUACAUCAUGGUAGGUAUCAAAAACUGGCACACUCAGUUCCCAUACAGUUGCACAAAGAUGCGUUAUCUCAAUACCUGUCUGUGGUUAUGCUAAAUUAUUGACCUGAAAUAUGACUGCCCGGGAGGCUAAUAUAAUUAAUGUGAAAUACCAAUGAUAAAUGUGAAUAACAACAUAGGAAUCAGCUGCCGUUUGCAUAUCUCAAAUUUUUCCACCACAUCAAAAUUUGAUAAAAACUAUUGAAGAUUUGAAGUAUAACCUGGAAAAUAUUAAUGUUAGAAUAGUGAUAAGGAACGCUUAUAGAAAUUAGAUACCAUGUCAACUAGAAUACUCAUAACGUAAAUCUGUUUGGCAAAAUUGAUUAUUAAGUUUAUUUUUUAUAGAGAUUAUAAUUCGUAAAUUUGCCUCUUCUUGGCAAUGUUAAUAUUUAUAUGAGCGUUUUAGUUGCCAUGGUGGAAUAAUAAACGAUUGUCUUUCCAGUAAUUAAAAGACAUAGGAUUAAAUAAUAUCUAUGUAUAAUCUCCUGUGAUUUUGUUUUCUUUUCUUCGGCACAAUCAUACAAGAUUUUUACAAUAAAUAAUAGAAUAGGUAUGCUUUUUUAUUUCACCAAGAAAAAUUGUGAUUAUACAUAUAAUAUUGUUUAGUCCUAUAGGUAUAUAAUGGAUUUGCUUACGCUUAUGUGGUAUCGUAAAUUUAAGGGAUUACACUUUGUCCAAAACCGUUGACUCUUAUGUUUAAGGCGAUAGGAUACAAUAUCGCCUGGCAAACUGUUUUAUAAAUGUUGUUUAAUGUCUUAAUUUUGACUUUUGACCACUCAUUUUUGAUUGAUCAUGUGUAAAUAACAUCAUAAUUAUAUUGGAAUUAUUUAACGGGAUUCUACAAAUAAUUUACAAUAAACUUAAACAAAACUAAAUUUAGACACUAUAAUAAGGCUAUAAGUUGUUCAAGUUUGUAUGUACUAUAGAGAUUUUUUAUAGUAGCUAGUACAAAGCGUUUUGAAUUCAUACAAACAAAAAAACAUGAGUAUCGUAAUUAUAUCAUUAAGUUUAGUAUAUUUUGCAAAACUACUAAGCAAGUUAAUAUAUUUAUAAAACAUUAUCAAUUUAUAUGUUGCUAAUAAAUAUUUUUAUUGGUAUUAUAAAAAAUGAGGCUAAAUAUUGUGCUAUUCGUUUAAUUUUCGUUUCGAUAAUAGGUAAGGAAGAUCUUAUUUUAAAAUGUGUGAUGAUUACAAGAUCGUAUAACGCAUUUCGACAUUUUUUUUUCAUUUAUAGUUUUCAGUAAAAAAUUACAAUUUUAGGCCCUUUUAUUUAGCUGUUUAAAUUUUAUUUUUGAUCAGUGUGUAGUCACUCUUAGCUCUAUAUUUGAAAAGUAAUUAAAUCAUAACAAUAAACAGUUGUUAAUUCAUUAAUUAAAAAAUAAUUGUAACAAAAAUUUAAUAAUACAUAAUCACUUUUAUGUACCUAUAUUAUCGUAUGUUCAAGGAUUAUUCAAAAUCCUUAUAAUUAUUAUUAAUCCAAAGUGCUAUUACAUAAUUUAAAUAUAAUAGUCAAAUACUUGUUAUAUGUUGAUGUGCAUUUUCAUGCUUUUUAUAUGAUACAAAUGUAAAGACAUUUUUUUUCUCAAUUCACAAAAGUGUGAUUAAUAUUUUUGUCGUAUUUAGAAGCAUAAAAAUAGUUUUGAUUUUUGUCAGUUCAACCGUUGCAUUUUUAGAAUAUAGCUAUUUAUACAUCUGGCCAUAGUUUUGUACUAAUGUUAUUGUAAGAAUACCUCGUAUAUUAUAAAAUCAUGAUAUUAAUUAUAAUGCCGAUUCGAGUACAAUUAAACAUCAAAAUUUUAGGACUAAAAACGCCGCACACGGAGACGUCAAGUAUUAUUUUAAGUCCCUAUAUCUAUAUGACAGAAGGGUCAGUAUGAUUAGUGCGGCGGAAAAAUUGAAAAUUAUUAAUAUUGUUUGUAUUAAGUAUGCGGGCAUUUAUUUGUUAAGUGAUUACUUUGCCUUAUACCUCCUGAAAGGUUAUUGUAUGUAUCCACAAACAUUAUUUUUAAGGUUAUGGUACUACAUCAUUUUUAUUCAUUCUAUUUAAUACUAUAAAAAUGUUUGAUAGACUGAAAAAACUAACAUUGUUUUUAAGUUUACAUGACGUUAAUUCUAAGAAAACAAGCUGUCUCUUUUUAUCUCAUUAGAAUUGGCGUUAUUUUAGUUUAAGCAUAGUUUUCAUUGACGGGUGUGUACCACAGUUGUACCUACAGAAUAUAAGGUGCUCAGUUUUUGUCUUUUUGGACUAGCAUUCUAGAAAUUUUUGGUCCCUACUCCUGUAUUAAAAGUUAAUGUUUGCCGCUCUGCUUUUAUUAAUUUUAUCGCUAGUCCAGAUACUAACCGUCUUGUUUAUGAAGAGUUAACUAAAUAUUGUAGCCUAUUGAAGUUUCUUAAAAUAAGUUUGGUAUCGUUAAGAGACAUGGGACAACCUAACAUGACAUGGACAUGGGACAUUAACUUUCGUGAAUAAUGACCCUAUAAUAUUGUUUAAAAACCAAAAAAUAAAAGUGUUAGCGUAUAUACGAACAAUGUAUUUAACAGUGCUUUUUAUAUUAGGAAAAUAUUUACAUAAGAUCUUUUGAAAAAAAUUGGUCUUGUGUACAUUCGCCUUUAUCCUGAUUGUUACAUUUUAUUUAUUACCAAGUAAACAUAUUUUAGUUUUGA